CACAAAUUUGCAAAGUGUCAACGGACCUUAAACUACAGCUCAGCACAGCAGAAGACUCAGGGCUCGGCAGCAUGGACCUUACAGAUUAUGGAGCUGCAAUCAUGAGGAGGGGAAGUUAUGAUGAUGCAGCUGCUUCAAUACAUCCUCACUUCAGACAUUUAGCUCAGAGGCGGCGCUCUGCUCCAUCUCUGGUCUUUGGGAAGGCCCUUGGGAUGCCGUGGUCUCCUAUCAGGGAGGAGGCUCCCUGCUGGGUGUCUGUUGAGCAGAGUCCAUUUGUUCUCGGUUUGACCAACGAGAACAGCGAGCUGCUGCUGGACGAGUGCGUCCAAGUCACAGAGGGGUCAAAGAUCAAGCAGCGACACCUGUUUCUCUUUACUGAUGUCCUCGUCUUGGCAAAACUAAAGUCGACGACCAGCUACCGCCUAAAGCACAGAGUGGACCUGGAGGACGUCUGGCUUUGUGACUUUGAGGAGGAGCAUGAGGAGGAUGGUGAUGACAGUGGGACAAUAGGGGACAUUGACCCCAGGCUGACUCUUGUCCUAGCUUGGGAUCUCACUUUUUGUCUUGUGUGUUUUUGCUCGCCUGAGGUGAAAGAACGCUGGUCAGAUACUCUUCACAGAAAAAUUAGAGACGCAAAAGCGAGGACUAGUUGUGCUACUUCUUCACCUCCGGACGUCCUCAUGAAGGUGUUGAGUGGCAGCAUCGCUACUAAAACUCUAAUAGGAGGUGGCAUGGAACAAAUGAUCGUGCUUACAUCUGAGGGCGAUGUGAGGAGCUGUGCUUUGUCAAAGCAGUUAAACAAUCAAGAGGAGAGACUGACACAGUCCUCUGAAACCAAGUGGAACCUGGUGAGGAACAGGAUGAAGCUCAGGAGGGCUUCCAGCAAGGCAUCCAACACAAAUAAAAGCACCAAGAGUCAGCUGUUUGGGCAGCAACUUUGCAACAUCUGCCCAGAUGACAACUCUCUUCCCAAACCAAUCACAGACCUGCUGCUGCUGCUGAGGAAGAGGGGCCCCUCUGUGGAAGGGGUGUUUCGGAAGCCGUGCAACACCAGGCUCAUGAAGGACCUCAAGGAGCAGCUUGAUAACGGUGCGGAGGUGGACCUGGCGGGUCAGCAGGUCCAUCUGCUGGUUGGACUGCUCAAAUGUUUCCUGAAGGAACUUCCUGGCAGCCUGCUCAGGUCUGACCUUUACAACAGGUGGACAGCAGCUCUGGACCAUGAAGACACCGAGCAGAGAGCUCUGGAAAUCAAAAAGGUGAUCUAUGAUCUUCCGGGGCCCAACAAAAUCCUCCUGCAGUACCUGAUCUGCGUCUUCCAUUGCAUCCUGGAGAGCUCAGACAUCAACAAGAUGGACGCCUCCAAUCUGGCGGUGUGCAUCGGGCCCACGCUGCUGCAGCUGGAUGACACCCCACUGGAUGGGCAGAGGGAAAAGAUGGGGAAGGCCACAGACCUAACUCAGUUCCUGAUUGAGAACAGCAUCAUUCUUAGAGAAAAUAUUCAAACUUUACUUGAUACAGAUGAAGACUCCCUUUCCUCGGUACAUCAUGACUCUGCGUAUGACAGCCCUGACCCAGAUGGAGAUGGAGAGGCAGGAGAGAAAAGAAGGUCCACAGAUGGAGGCCGUGGCUCAUCUUCCUCAUAUUCGUCCCUCAGCCCCAGCAUAACCACCUUGUCCUGGCAAUCUGAUGCAGCCUUCGACAACAAGGCACCCUUCAACCGCCGCUGCUCCGAGCCCAUUCUCCUCCUCCCAGACAAUCUUGAGAACCUGCGCAGCCAUGCCAGGAGCCAAGAUGACUGUUCCAUGCAGCGGGACGAGUUCGACGAGCAGCCCCUGAAAAAGCAGAUCUCAGAUGACUCCUUCUUGCUUAAAGGUCGGGGUGGAGCCAGCUCGGUUUUGUCUUUUCCAAAGCUGAGCUGUAGCUCAAACAUGGAUCUGCUGCCCUUCAUGGGCAAGGACUGGUCCUGCUCUUCCUUGGAGAGUACUGCCUCUAACCAGUCAGAGAGCUCUGUCUUUACCAAUUCCCCAGUGGGCUCGCCAAAGUCCUCCAAGAAAAAUAACAGCAACAGUCAACCAAUAGUGAUAACAAAUGGCAAGCUGGAUGUUCCCAGGCCAAUCUCAGAGGAGAAGAGGCGAUCACAGUCCAUGAGGGUCGCCUCAAAAGUCCUGAUGAGGACCAGGAGCCUGGGUGCCUUCAGCAGAAGCAGUCUAAAGAAAGACUCGCAAAAGGAAAACUCCUUCCCAGAGACUCUUCAGGAGGACUCACAGAGUGAAGCAGAUCCCUCAACCGAUGUUCUUCUCAAGUCACGCCCUCUGUCUGCCAUUGAAGUGUUCAAGAAGGUGGACAGUAAGCUGCCCUGCAGGCCUCCAUCAUACGAGCAGGCUGUGCAGAACAUGGCCCCCCCACCGCAGUAUGGCUCCAUGACUGUACAGGACGCCUUAACACUGGAGAGGAGGUCCCGCCCUUCCUCUGUGAACUAUGACUUUCCAAUCAGAGAGUAUGUAUACAACCAGGACUGCUUCUCUCAAAUGGCACAAGACAACGUUGUUAAGCGGCAGCAGCCUUUUCGCCAGAGGGCCAUGUCUGAGUCCAUAACUGCGGGCCAGCAUGAAGUCGUGUCCCAGAGAUGCAGCCAGCCGGUGUUUGAGGAAUUUUCCUAUGCCAAGGAAUCCUACGUUUGAAAAUACUAAAAACAUUUAUUUCGUCCCGGAUCUAGAAGACUAUCCAGAUUUGAUCACACACAGUUUUUGUAUAGUUGACCUUCUGUACUUCCAUCAGAGGCAGCAUGUUUGGUACUAUUUCUAAGCAUUGUAUGUUUGCGGCUCUGUUUUUAUAAGUGUUUGUACAGAAAAAGCCUAUUUUUCACUUUUGUUUAAAGGUAUGUCUGUUAUGUCCCACCUCUGAGGUUGCAGAUCCCCAGUAGUACUAUUUAAGUACGAAUAUUACAUUAUAUGUAGUUACCAUGAUAGAUAUUUAGUCUAUCACCAUGAAGCUAAAAACACAGUUUGCUGUGGAUGAAAUAUGCUAUGAGUUUCUGUUUUGUGUGUUUUACGUACAACACAUUACAUCAAACACAGUUUGUUUUUCUUACUUUUUUUUGUGCUUUUUUGUGAAUGCACUUCACUUUUCACAGUCUUCCUCUUCCACUACACUAAAGCACUUUUAAUGGUGGCUAGCUAUGCUUUCCCUAUUUGUAUGCUAAACUGUAAAUAUGUUUAAACACCAGCAGAUACAAAUGUGUUUCAUGUGAACUCCAAAUAAUAUAAAUGGUUAUAGAUAACCCUGUGAGAAAAUGAAAGAAAAAUAAAGUAUGAAAAUAAAUUAAAAAAGUUAA